AUGCCGUCCUCCGUCGACGCUCCGACGUCGUCCUUCGACCCGCUCCCCUCUCCCUACUUCCUCUUCUUCUCCAUCCUCGAGCCGCUCCUUACCUUCGCCGGCGCCGCCUACGCGAUUUUUACUCCCUUGCCCUACUACAUCGCCCUCUACCCGCCCUCUCUCCUUGCUCCACCCACCGCGAAAUCGACCCAUGUCGCCGCGACCAUGAUUGUCCGACAGCUCGGGUCCUGCUUCUUCCUUUUUGCGAUGAUGGGAUGCGUCUUACUGCCGGCUAUGCGGAGGACGCUGAAGGACAGGCCGGAGGAGCUUGAGUUGCUCGUGCGGGCAUACUUGACCUGCCUAGCUGCGGCCGACUUGACGCACAUCGGCUUCACACUCUUCGACCUCGGUGUCGAAGGCAGCCUCGCCCCGUCGGGCUGGAACGCCCUUGUUUGGGGAAACGUCGGCAUCACGUCGGUUCUCUUCCUCGUCAGGAUGUUGUGGAUGGCAGGUGUAAGCCGAGGCUCGACGCGACGCGCAGGGGCGGUACGGAAGGGCGAGUAG